GAAACUUUUCGAAAAGGUGGAGUCAGGUUACAAACUCUCUGGUAACCAAACGCGAAAAGAGGGAGAAGAAAACGCUUCAAUUAUUCACACCAGCGGCUCAGACCCAACACAUACCUGUUGGACACAUUUUACCGGUCUUAUAAGAUAGUUGUAAGCCUUAUCCUUGUGUUGGUUGUUUAUUGGCUGUCAGUGUGUUUAGAUGGAGGUUUGAAGAACGAAAGUUACUCUUUAGACGCCCAGUAUCCGGUUGAAAUAGGCGAGAGACAUCAUGGACUCGUUCAGCACCAAGAACCUCGCCCUUCAGGCCCAGAAGAAGCUCAUGAGCAAGAUGGCGACCAAGACGAUGGCCAACCUGUUCAUAGACGACACCAGCAGCGAGGUACUGGACGAGCUGUACCGGGUGACCAAAGAGUACACGCGAAACCGCAAGGAGGCCCAGAAGAUCAUCAAGAACCUCAUUAAGAUGGUGGUCAAGCUGGGCGUCCUCUACCGCAACGGCCAGUUCAACAACGAGGAGCUCGCGCUGGUCGAGCGCUUCCGGAAGAAAGUGCACACGCUCGCGAUGACGACCGUUAGCUUCUACCAGAUCGACUUCACCUUCGACCGGCGCGUCAUGAGCAACUUACUCAACGACUGCCGCGAACUGCUUCACCAGGCCAUUAACCGGCACCUGACGGCCAAAUCCCACGGCCGGAUCAACCACGUCUUCAAUCACUUCUCCGACUGCGACUUUCUCGCGGCGCUGUACGGACCUUCGGAAGUGUAUCGCGGCCACUUGCAGAAGAUCUGCGAAGGAGUCAACAAGAUGCUGGACGACGGGAAUCUCUGAUGACCAAAUUAUCCGAGCGUUUUCUUCAA